UCUGUUGAUUGGCAGGAGAAGAAGAAGAACCUUGGGGUUGCUUCAUUCCAGCAUCUGCACAGAGGGUACGGCGCCUUCAACUCCUGUGUCAUGGAACCAAGAGACGACCACGAACGCACGAAAGAAGCGAGUAGAAUAAGCAGACGUCCUUCCAUCAGUUCUACGUUCCGAAGGUUGAACAGGAUUUCUCCUGACAAAGCACCGUGGGAGGAGUACUCCACUACACGGCUUACGGAACGCAGGAAAAAGUUUGUGACUGGAGAGAACAAUCGUACUUCAGCAAUCUUUCAAGAGCGGGCUGCCGAUCGCACCAGUCGUAGGGGCUCGCAAAUAGUUGCACAAGAGGGAACAGAGCGGGCAUCCUCACUCCAGACCACUCUGUCAAAGAACAUUCUGCUCAUCUUUGUUCUCUUGUCAAUCCUCGUCGGCUUCUUCCUUGGAACCAUACUACGGCAAGACGAACCUUGGUCAGAACGCCAGAUCACUCUACUGCGUUUACCAGGCGAGCUAAUGUUGCGCUGUCUGCACUGCCUGUCUGUCCCUCUGAUCAUGACCAGCGUUACGGGAGCAGUAGGCAGUUGGAGACCCCGGCAGAUGGCAAAGCUUGCUGCACACGCCCUAUCCUACGCUACCGUGUCUACAGUGUGUGCAACGCUGACUGGAGCAUGCCUCGCCCUUCUUAUUCGACCGGGUGGGCGAGGCAACCGCCCUCCUUUCAAUCCUCUCGCUGCACCCGGUACACUCCCUGCGAACAUACGACAAAUGAACGCUGAGGACGUCCUGGACACGAUACGGAACCUUGUACCGGGGAACAUACCAGAAGCUUUUCUUUUCAUGACUCAAACCAACUGGUAUGUUGCCAAUAGCACUGCGGAAGAAAAGCCGGAAAAGCUGCUUGGAACCAACGUGCUCGGUCUCGUAGCGUUCUCCGUCAUGGUUGGGGUCUCCAUCGUCCACCAGAGCAACGCUCGCAACAGCAUCUUGUUGCGAAUCAUCUUUGUCCUCAGCAACAAAUUCAUGCGGAUGGCGGAUAUCGUGCUUCGUUACUCGCCGGUGGGCAUCUGCUUCCUUAUAGCUGCAGAGGUAGUCCGCUUCAGGAACUUUCAUCUCGUGGUGUGGCAUCUGGGAGUCUUCGUCUUCACCGUUCUCCUUGGACUCGGAGUGCACGCCUUGCUAUUUCUUCCAGCACUCUAUAUGCUGUACAUUCGGCGGAACACGAAACGUUUCUUCCUGAAUAUUAUCUACCCGUUAUCCGUCGCCUUUGGUACGUCUUCCAGUCUGGUGGCCUGCCCCGUAAGCAUGAGUGUGCUCAGGACUCGCAUCGGCAUGAGCCGUACGGUCGUACACUUCAUGUUGCCCUUUGGCACGCUCUUCAACAACGACGGUACAGCGUUAUACGAGGUGGUGUCUGUCAUUUUCAUCGCUCAGCUGCGUGGCGCGGAUAUGGGCCUGGGAACUGUGAUUGUAGUGUGCACAGCGACACUCCUGUUGUCCUUCGGUGCGUACGGAGUCCAUCCGGCAUACCGAGCAACCACGCACGCAACGUUCCUGCUCACCUUGGCGGGGCUGCACGGAGAAGACAUUCGUUUAAUAACGUCCACCCACUGGAUUUUAAGUCGCUUCGCAGCCGCUGUCGACCUACUGAGUGACUGCACAGCCGUCGCUGUCCUUCAGAGUAUUCAUGUGCGAGAGAAGGACAAAGAUAGCCGACCUGGAUACUCUGCUCGCACGAACCAGACACAGGAGGAGUCCAACAUGAAAGCAGACCUUGCCACCGAUCACCGGAAGGACACUCCUACCAACUACUCGCCCGUGCAAUGAGCACUUUUAUGCACCAUGAUGUGACUCUCAUAAGAUGUCAU